AAGAAAACACAAGCAUAAAUUUAUUACUUAUUUGGGUCCCAGAGAGACCAAGGAACAGGGUGCUCCAAGAUGGACUGUGACACACACACACACACACACACACGUGUUACUGCAUAUAAUACCUCAAAGGGAACCUCUACUCAGAAAGGUGAGAUUCUUCUGCAAAAUCCACAUUGUGCUUCUUGGGCCCCAGUCCUAGAGACUAGUUCUUUUAAGUCAGGAUUUCAUUGUGUAUCCGUGGCUGGCUUGGAACUCAGAUUCACCUGCCUAUGCCCCCGGAGUGCUGCCCACCACACUCAACUAUGAACCCAUGACCUCUAGGUGUCUCCCCACCGCCCGUACUUGGUCUCCCAAGCAUGUCUGGUUCCAGAUUCUAUGGGCAGAGAACCUGACUCUGACUUCGAGGGGGCAGGGGCAGCCAUUUUAAGACCAGAGGAUCAAGUAAGGGAUCGUUUCACAUUGGGAACGCUGGGGACCGCCAUUUUAAGAGCACCCUUGGCGCGUGCCGCCAUGCGUGUACGAACAGGCAGCCGCCAUCUUGGACAUUGGCUGCAGGCGCUGAGUCGCGCUGUCCCGCCCCACGGCCUCUCAGGCCACCUCCACCCGGGGCUCCUGUCCCUGGGCCCGCGGAAACCACCCUACUCGCCCUUGUAGUUCUCGCUGUUUUCGUUGUGCGCUCGUGUGAAUGCUCCGCGGCUUCUGAGCUCUCGUUUUAACAACCCCCCACUGGGGGCGCUAGGGCAUUUUAUACUCCGCGAUCUCCAAUCCUUACAAUGUCUAACCGGCUCGACUGGCCCUGUUCCCUGGAUAUGGCAAGUGUAUCAACUAAGGAUCCUCUUUCCCAAGAACGCUAACACAGGCGUUGUCCUCUGAGGCUCUGAAUGACUUUAUUCUUCAAAAGCCUUUACCUUUUCAUAGCUCCAGAUCUAGGAAAAUGUGACACUCUACAGGUGAUGGGCUUCUAGAUCACCCCUUCUACCCACAAGUGACUUGAGUGGGGAGAUCCAAGGGCAGCUGAGGUAACCAUCAGGAAGAUACCUAAAGAAAUGAUACAUCAAAGAAGAGAAGCUGGGGGAAAAGAGACAUGCAGAGACCAGAUCAAAGGAUCAGACAAAGAGGAGGAACCUUCAGCUGCCCCAGCCCAUGGCCAAGGGUAUCGUCCCUGUGGAAGACCAGCCAGGAACUCAAAGCCCGAAGCUGGGGCCAGAUCCCCUGCUGUCCCCAUCAUGGUCAAUGACCCACCAGUCCCUGCCUUACUGUGGGCCCAGGAAGUGGGCCAUGUCUUGGCAGGCCGUGCCCGCAGGCUGAUGCUGCAGUUUGGGGUGCUCUUCUGCACCGUCCUUCUUUUGCUUUGGGUGUCUGUGUUCCUCUAUGGCUCUUUCUACUACUCCUACAUGCCGACUGUCAGCCAUCUCAGCCCCGUGCAUUUCCACUACAGGACAGAUUGUGACUCCUCCACCGCCUCACUCUGCUCUUUCCCUGUUGCCAAUGUCUCCCUGGCUAAGCAUGGACGUGACCGGGUACUAAUGUAUGGACAGCCAUAUCGAGUCACCUUAGAGCUUGAACUGCCAGAAUCUCCUGUGAAUCAAGACUUGGGCAUGUUCUUAGUCACUGUUUCAUGUUAUACCAGAGGUGGCCGAAUCAUCUCCACUUCUUCACGCUCAGUGAUGCUGCAUUACCGCUCUCAGCUGCUCCAGACGCUUGACACACUGGUGUUCUCCACCCUCCUGUUGUUUGGCUUUGCUGAACAGAAGCAGCUCCUGGAAGUAGAACUCUACUCCGACUAUAGGGAGAAUUCGUAUGUGCCAACAACCGGAGCAGUCAUUGAGAUCCACAGCAAGCGCAUCCAGAUGUAUGGGGCUCACCUCCGGAUCCACGCCCACUUCACCGGGCUCAGGUACCUGCUAUACAACUUCCCCAUGACCUGUGCCUUCGUGGGUGUGGCCAGCAACUUCACAUUCCUCAGCGUCAUCGUGCUCUUCAGCUAUAUGCAGUGGGUGUGGGGUGCUGUCUGGCCCCGACACCGCUUCUCCUUGCAGGUUAAUAUCCGACAAAGGGAUAAUUCUCGACCUGGGGCCCAGCGUAGGAUCUCUCGCCAUCAGCCAGGUCAGGAAUCUACCCAGCAGUCAGAUGUGACAGAGGAUGGUGAGAGUCCUGAAGAUCCCUUAGGGACAGAGGGCCAGCUAUCUGAGGAAGAGAAACCAGAGAAACAGCCCCUGAAUGGAGAAGAGGAGCCAGAGCCAGAGGCUAGUGAUGGCUCUUGGGAAGAUGCAGCUUUGCUGACAGAGGCCAACUUGCCUACCUCUGCCUCAACUUCUGCCCUUGCCCCUGAGACUCUGGGUAGCCUCAGGCAACGCCCAACCUGCUCCAGUUCCUGAACAAAAGGAUGGAUUCCUCACAUUCCAGCACUUUCCCAUGGGGCACCUUUUCCCUUGUUCCCUUAAUAAACUAUUUUGUGCCAGC